AUCGAGACCGGGGCGCGUGAGUCCACUGUUUACUCCGAGUUAAAAGAGAAACUACAAGGUGUAAUAAUGCAGGACUACGCAAAGACAAUAAAGGAGUUUGUGGAAGAACAUCCGACAGGGGUGGUAGCUGUCCUGGUGACGGGUGUCGGGCUCUUUGCCCUGCGGAGAUGGCGAGCUGGGGGAGUCUGCCGCAGCAAAGCCCGCUUGGAUGGAAAAACCGUUCUGAUCACUGGAGCUAACACUGGAAUCGGCAAAGAGACAGCGGUGGACAUGGCCCAGAGAGGUGCAAGGGUCAUCCUGGCUUGUCGAGACAUGGGCAGAGCAAACACAGCAGCAGCUGAGGUCAGGAAGAGGAGUGGAAAUGGUAACGUGGUUGUAAAGAUGCUGGACCUGGCCUCCUUGCAGUCUGUUCGAGCUCUGGCCAAAGAUGUACAGCAGACUGAAGAGAGACUGGAUAUUCUCAUUAAUAACGCUGGGAUAAUGAUGUGCCCGCCGUGGAAGACAGAAGAUGGCUUUGAGAUGCAGUUUGGUGUGAACCAUCUGGGUCAUUUCCUACUCACCAACUUACUUCUGGACUUGCUGAAGAAAUCAACACCCAGCCGUGUUGUGAAUGUUUCCAGCCUGGCCCAUGAGACAGGCAAGAUUCAUUUUGAUGAUAUAAACCUGGAGAAAAACUAUGACACAUUGGUAAGCUAUCGACAGAGCAAGCUGGCCAAUGUUCUGUUUAACCGGGAACUAGCUGUCAGACUGAAAGGCACAGGAGUGACAACUUACUCUCUUCAUCCUGGGGUGAUCCAAACAGAGCUGGGUCGACACUUUUUCCCCUCUCUGCCUUUAUGGAAGAGGUUUUUGUUUAUGCCUUUUUUCUUGAUUUUCAAAACACCUUGGCAGGGUGCACAGACCACCAUCUACUGCGCAGUGGAUGAGAGUCUGCAGAACACCAGCGGUCUUUACUACAGUGAUUGUGCCCCAAAAGAGGCAGCUCCUGUGGGUAGGGAUGAUGCUGCAGCUCGCAGACUGUGGGAUCUCAGUGCUUCCAUGGUGGGCCUGGCUUGAGAAAGUACCUUGCCCAGUGAAAGUCACUCUUCAUUUAAAAAGCAGUUUGUCAUAUUUUCCUGUGAAAAUUAAAUCUGCUUACUUUUAUAUAAAGUACAGAGAUACAGUUUGAGUAAAACUGUAGGAAAGUAGUGUUUUAUUAUAUGUAAAAAAAAAAUGCCUAUGCAAUAAGAUGAAUUGUAAUACAAAGUAUAAUUGUUAUAUACCAUUUUGCUUUUAGCCAUAUUGUGUGUAACUUGUGUGAUAUUUGAUUAUUUUUUUAUUGCCAGUAAUUGGAUAUAACAUAUACCAUGAUGAAAUUCGGUGUAUAAUAUGAAUGUAUCCUAUCAUUUUUCACAAAGUCUGUUUUUAAAUGAGGAAAUGAAGACAUUAAAUGAAUCAUUACUCUCUAUAAAA